AUGUCCGCGAGUCACAGCGACAGCGACGCUGUCGUGAUUGGCCGAGACGACAUUAGCGACUACAACCCCGAUCAGAUUCUGCCAGAGCCGCCCGAGGUAAUCGAGAACCUAAGAGCCUGGCUGCAACCCACCAAAUAUGACGUCGAAAGCGGCGAAUAUCGAAAGCACCUCUCAUCCCAUGCCCCAGGCACCGGCGAAUGGAUCACAUCCAACAGCACAUAUAACCACUGGCUCAAAGAUGAAGAGCAAGGACUCUUAUGGAUCAAGGGAAUACCAGGCUCUGGAAAGUCGGUCUUGGCGUCCAAAAUCGUCCGAGACCUAUCCCAAAAUCAACCAGGAACCCCGGUGCUGUACUUCUUCUUUCGGAAGAUCAUUGACGCCAACCAUGAACCGGUUUCGCUGUUGAGAGACUGGCUGGAUCAAUUGCUGCUGUACAGCCCGCCUCUGCAGAAGCAGAUCAAGGGAUACGUCGAAAACAAGCGAUCUCUCAACAGCAUGUCGAUGGAAGGUCUCUGGAAAGAUCUGCGGAUGGCACUUUCCGGAUUACAUGGGAAAGCAUUCUGCAUCGUUGACGCUUUGGACGAGAUGGAUCGGCACCAUUGGACGUUCAUCCGCGCUCUGGGUGAGCUCGGGACUUGGAAGCCUCACAGAGUCAAAUUGCUCGUUACCAGCAGAUUCAUGCCUGAGAUGGAGCCACUCAUGAGAGGUUCCAACCAUUCUCAGAUUCAAUUGCAGUCUGAUAUGGUUGACGUCGACAUUGCCAACUAUGUUCGAACGAGCUUGGAAUCUUCAGAUGUAUCUCUAGAGGACCAGAAGGUCAUCAGGGAGGCUAUCCCGGGUCAAGCGCAUGGCAUCUUCUUAUAUGCCAAACUCGCCAUGGACGCCUUCCUCAAGCCAGGAGCCAAUGCCAAGAAGGUUCUGAAAGCUCUCCUUCAGGAUAUGUCUGCCAUGUACUCCAGCCUGCUCCGUGAACACUCUCGGAGGUCUGGUGUUCCCGAAGACGUUCAGCUCUUCAUUCUGCAAUGGAUUACACACGCCACCCGACCGCUUAGCCUACUGGAGAUGGCCGAUAUUAUUAAUGUCACUCAUCCUAGUCUCGUCGAUCAAGACCUCAAGCUCAGCAAAGACAUCGUGAGAGCCGCUUGUGGCUCUUUAUUGGAAAUACUGCCCGAUGAGACCGUCUGUGUGAUUCACCACACAUUCACAGAGUACCUCACAGACAUCAACAGGAACCACAAUUCUGCAAACCAUAUUCUGACCUCCGGAGAGACGAACGCCAGACUUGGUUUAGCAUGUUUGAAUUACCUACAGGCCGGUUGCCUUGAUGAGAUGAGUCCCGAGAAAGACGAAUCAGCAAACCACCCUUCAAAUAAACCCAGACGCGUCUACAAAAGACUAGACACUGCUGAAGCAAACUUGAAAUAUCCCUUCGUUGCUUAUGCAGCAAGCAACUGGCACGUCCAUCUUGCCAAAUCGACCUGCGAAGGCUAUCCACAGAAGGAGAUCAACCGGGCACUAGAUAUGUUCGUCGAGAGUCCUCAUCGGUUGAACACAUGGCUCGAGAUUCGCUGGGAGGAAGGGAUUGGCGGCGUUACCCCUUUGCAUAUCGCGGCCAGAUAUGGCUUAUCCGAGUGGGUGAGGCAUCAGCUGACCGCACCGGGUGCCGCCGUUGACCCUGUAGAUGUCAACGGCAGAUCGCCACUUUUCUGGGCAGCUGAGUGUGGGAUAAAGGACAUAGUUAAAGCGUUGAUCGACGCAGGCGCGAACCCAGACCGAGAUGAGAAUGAGGGACUCAGGCCUCUUCAUCGAGCUGCCUCAAUGAACCAUGCAGGGGUUGUCAAAGUUUUACUCGAAGCAGACGUCAACCCGCUGACUCUGAAGACGAAAGAGAAUUCUGACAACUGGUGUGGUAACGCAUCAAGAACGAAAGGACACACUCCGCUCAUGGCGCUUCAUCGAGCGUUGGCUUGGGCAGCUGAGAGAGGCCAGGACAAGAUUGUCAACAGAAUCUUGGCGGAGCCUGGCGUUGACAUCAACCGCAAAAUCAGAGGUGGAACGCCUCUGUUUCGAGCUUGUAGAAGUGGCAGUGCACAGACGGCUCUGCUACUUCUUAAGAGUGGCGCAGACGUUACGAUCCAAUGUCAACGAGACGAAGAGUUCGGAGGCUCUAAUGCGCCAAAAUACGACUCCCACGGCGAUUCCGAGUCCGAUAUUGAGGAAUCCGAAAACACAUCCGACCCACGGAGAAGACGGGAUAUUACUGCCCUGUACAUUGCCUGCGAAGGCCCGACUCGAUCUAAUAGAACACCUCUAACAAGUGACCCUUUAGCGGCUAGAGAGGUUCUUGAGGCAUUCAUCGAGUGUGGUGAGAAUAUCCACCAGCGAUUUUCAGAUGGAUCGACGCUGCUGCAUGCGGCAAAAGGCAAUCCUGUGUGGAUGAGUUUACUGAUAGAAAGAUCCGUUGACCCAAAUAUCGCCGACAACAAGGGCCACACACCCCUUCACAAUCCGGGAAAUACAGACAAUAUAUCUCAACUGAUCGAGAAUGGCCACGCGAAUCUCAACGCGGCAGUACCUUCAAAUGGAAAGACGCCGCUCUUCUUCCUCCUCGAUUGCAACGCUACAUUCGUGACUCUUAAGUUUUUAGAGUAUGGCCCGGACUGUAAGGUCGUGGACAGCGAGGGUAAUGGGGUGUUGCACGUCGCCCUCGGAAAGUCUAACCCAGACGCAAGAAUCAUCAAGAAACUGAUCGAGUCAGGGGCCGACGUCAAUCUCAGAAACAAGUCUGACAUGACACCGAUGGACGUCAUGAGGCUAUCAGGCGAAUAUGCGCAAGAGAUAUGGGACAUGUUACUCAGUGCCGGAGCUGACAUCAAUGCCAAAGACAAACAUGGCUGUACCGCAAUUUUCAGGAUGGUCAAGUCCCGGACCUCCGAUCGCAAAGACCCUCACAGAGACAUGAAGGCAAUGAUAGAACGGGGUGCCACUAUCAACACUUGCGAUGCCAAAGGUCGCAGUUUGUUGCACGAAGCUGUGAGAAACCAUCCUGGGAGCCCAAAGGGACUAUUCAAUUACCAGGAACAUCCCCGACUGGAUUUCUUGAUCAGCUUGGGGCUCGAUCUGCAUGUUGUCGACAAAGAUGGGAAUGGCUUGCUCCACGAACUCAGCUGGCAUCCUUUAAAUUUCGAGAACUCCACCAGCGUCAUUCCUGUCUGGAAGCAGCUCCUGGACCUCGGACUUGACCCUCAGCAGCCGAACAAGAAAGGAAGAACGCCACUUCACAACCUGUCAUGUAAGGCUCGUCGAGGGUCGAGCGAACCGGACGCGACGUACCCCUUCGAUCUGCUCAUCUCACGGGCGGAAACAGUCGACGCUGCUGACGAAGACGGCAUUACUCCGCUGCACAUUGCCGUCACCGCUUCAGAAUACCAUACCAAGAAGCUGCUCGACGCAGGUGCUGACCCGAAUGUUGCAACCAAUGAGGACUUGACCCCACUCCACCUCGCCGUUAGAAGCAGGCAAAGCAACAUUGUCGGACUGUUACUAGACUCUCUUUACCAGCUAGCUGGAUUUGAAGACGCACGUCGAGGUGCUUGGCUAGCAGAUGAUUGCCCCCUGCCUAUCCCCGGUGUCAAUCUUAAAGACAAGAAAGGCCAAACACCUCUUCAUUACGCUUGUAUAUCAGGCCGUCCCGAAGUUGUUGCUAUGCUACUCAAGGCAGGCGCCAAUGCCAAGGUCGCCGGUCUUCGCGAGGCUUGCGACCUAUUCGAAGCGGAAAAUGCGCUGUGGGAUGCUCCUCAUAGGCGUGCCCCUGAGCCAGGAAAUGGAGACGCGACUGGUCUCAAACUCUCAGACUUAUCCCGUCCCCAAUAUAUCGGCAACAAUCAUCUCUUAAAAGACACAGCCAGACUCGGUGAGAUUAUUGACAUGCUCCUUGAUAGGGGUGCAGACCUCUCAUGGCCUUGGGAAGAACGCCGAUGGGAUGAGAAGCUCGCAGGGAUUUCAACUACCUCCUUGGGAUGUGGAGAUUACACCCUCAGGUGUUGGACUGCAGUAUCGCAGAAGCGUCAACUUGGGCCCUCUUGUCACCAAUUCGGCCAUGAAGAAUCACCAUUCGAUGAGUACCUCGUCAAGUACCGCGAUGAGGCCACCAUCACAGCGUUGCGGAACUAUCAUGGUAUAAAGAAGGGGAGACCGAAUCGAAAGCUACUUUGGUCGAUAUUAAAGCGACACCAAUAUUAUCUUGUGGAGGAGCUGUUCCACUGUGGUGUCGAUUUCUUCGCCGAAAAUCAGCGUCUACGGCUCACUGGUCUAGAAGAACUAAUACAUGGCGGCUUCACGUGUUUGCCAAAAAGAGACAAGAAGAGGGCGUCUGCCGUGUAG